CUCAUGGCUGCAGAAGCUUGACAGCACUUCACAUCUGAUAAGACGUCCACUGAUCAGACAGUAAGAGACAUUUUUACAUGAAAGCUGAGCUCUUCUUCGUUCCCUCUCUGCCUGCUGCUGUUGGUUUGAUUUUUUUUUUUCCCUGCAUGUGCAGUAGUAAAUAAUUCAAUGUCAGCGACGUUGCCUACAGGUCCUGGUGGGGAGAAAGCAGCCUCGCUCAUCAUUCCUGCGGUGUGCUUGCUGGCAGCAGCUCCUCACGGGGACACAGAAAAAGAUUACACCGAUUCAGGGAAGCUGCAGCGCACCCACGCCCACCGAGGACACACAGGAGUACCCUGACUCCCCCCUCCUCCCUCCCUUCUGUUCUCUCUCAUCGUUAUCCCAUCCCUCUCUCAACUCUGCACUGAGCUCCAUCACAGCUGCCGGGUCAGUGAGCAGGCUGACCACUGCUUCUCAACAAGCCUCUUGCCACUGAGGAGAAAACUUCAAGAAGCUCGCUCGCACGGCUUCUUUAUCCCCCCCCUGCCCAAGGAUGCUGGAGCCCAGAGCAAGAUGGAUGAGGCUGGUCUGCUUGUUACUUCUGUGUGUGUAUCUCUGCCUUCUGAGGGAAUCCAGUGCCAGGAGAGCCCCCAAGAUACCCCGCUGUCCUGCAACCUGCUCCUGCACCAAAGACAGUGCCUUCUGUGUGGAUACCAAGGCUAUCCCCAAGAGCUUCCCCCCAGGGAUCAUCUCACUGACGAUGGUGAACGCAGCCUUUACAACAAUCCCAGAGGGAGCUUUCUCACACCUUCACCUGCUGCAGUUUCUGCUUUUGAACUCCAAUACGUUCACCUCGAUUGCUGAUGAUGCUUUUGCUGGCCUGUCCCACCUGCAGUACCUAUUCAUUGAGAAUAAUGACAUCCAGGCUCUGUCAAAGUACACCUUCAGAGGACUGAAGUCCCUGACCCAUCUGUCUCUUUCAAACAACAACCUGCAGCAGCUGCCCAGAGAUCUCUUCAAGCAUCUCGACAUCCUCACAGAUCUAGACCUGCGGGGGAACUCUUUUCGGUGUGACUGUAAAAUCAAGUGGCUGGUGGACUGGAUGGAGAAGACCAACACGUCUGUUCCUGCCAUCUACUGUGCCAGCCCGUUUGAAUUCCAGGGACGCAGAAUCCAUGAUCUUGCACCGAGAGAUUUCAACUGCAUCAGUGCAGAUUUUGCAGUGUAUGAAACCUUCCCCUUCCACUCCGUGUCGGCGGAAUCUUAUGAGUUCAAUGGGGAUAACUUUGUGGCCUUCGCUCAGCCCGAUUCGGGGUUCUGCACCUUGUAUAUCUGGGAUCACGUGGAGAUGGUCUUCAGGAGAUAUCAUAACAUCACCUCUCGCUCUGCUGUGUACUGCAAACCGGUGGUGAUAAACAACACUCUUUACAUGGUCGUGGCUCAGCUCUUUGGUGGAUCUCAUAUUUACAAGUGGGAGGAGGACCCUCUGCGCUUCGUGAAGAUCCAAGACAUUGACACCAGUCGGGUGAGGAAGCCCAACUUUGUGGAGACCUUCCAGCUGGAUGGAGAGUGGUACUUCAUCGUGGCCGACAGCUCCAAGGCAGGCUCCACCAGCAUUUACCGCUGGAACAGCAACGGUUUCUACUCCCACCAGUCCCUCCAUCCCUGGCAUCGGGACACGCACGUGGAGUUCCUCGAUGUCGGCGGAAAGCCCCAUCUGAUCCUCUCCAGCGCCUCUCAGCCACCCAUAGUUUACCAGUGGAACCGAAGCCAGAAGCAGUUUGCUUUCCACUCCCAAAUCACAGAGCUGGCCGACGUGCAGAUGGUGAAGCACUUCUGGGUGAGGAAGGUUCUCUAUCUCUGUCUGACGCGCUUCAUCGGCGACUCCAAAAUUCUCCGCUGGGAAGGGCAGCGUUUCGUGGAGAUCCAGACUCUCCCCUCCCGGGGCUCGAUGGCGGUGUAUCCCUUCACUGUGGGCCUCCGCCAGUACCUCAUUCUUGGAAGCGAUUUCUCCUUCUCCAGAGUGUACCUGUGGGACGACCUCACUCAGCGCUUCCAGCCCUUCCAGGAGCUCAACAUGAGGGCCCCGAGGGGCUUCGACCUCGUGUCCGUAGACAACAAGGAUAUUCUUCUGGCUGCCAGCUUCAAAGGAAACACGCUGGCUUACCAGCACCUGCUGGUGGAUCUCAGCGCAAAGUAGAGCAGCAGGUGGAGCUUCUGGAUAUGCUGUAUAUCAUACGUGCCAAAUAA